CACAAUUCAGAACCUCUCACCAACCAAACACACCCCAACCGCAAACCUGCACAAUGGCCUCAACCGAGGACCCAACAACGCAACCACCAGUAAUAAACUACAUCCUCUCCUUCCUUCUAGUCGGCAUAGCCUGGGGCUUCACAACCCCUUUCAUCCGCCGCGCCGCCGCAGACUUCAACGCGCGACAAGACGCCAGCACCAGCACCAGUACCUCCUCCUCCCCCUCUGAACAAACCCCUCCUACCGUCUACGAAGACAAUGAAACGCCAUUGAAUCCGAUCGACCCUCCGUCCUCUGAACCCCACACCACCACCGAAGACGAAAACGAAGUCGAAGAAGAAGCAGAAGAAGAAGACAACCCCCCGCCCACGCAACCAGCCUGGAUGCGCCAGCCCCCGCAUCAAAAAACCUGGGUGCGCACGAAACUCACCUCGAUCUUCUGGACGGUCGUCAAUCUCCUCCGGACACCCGCCUAUUCGAUCCCGUUGGUCGUGAAUCUGACAGGGAGUGUGUGGUUCUUUUUGCUUGUUGGGAAGCAUGAACUCUCAUUGACCGUUCCGCUGGCGAAUUCAAGUGCGUUCUUGUUCACGGUGCUGGGCGAGUGGUACGUAGAGCGGAAGGGGAUCGCGCGGGAGACGUGGGUGGGGAUGGCGUUGGUGUUGGGCGGGAUUGCGGUUUGUGUGUUUUCAAAGUCUUGA